AUGUUUCGUGUUUCUCGUGGUGUCGUCGUCGCUAUUGGAAAUACAAAUCGAGGCUGCAACUAUUCUACGGGAAAUACAGUGUCAAGUUUAAAACCCUACGAACGUGUAGCUGAUUACUACGCAGGGAAGUCCGUGUUUGUGACAGGAGCCACAGGUUUCGUUGGAAAGGUAUUGAUAGAAAGACUCCUUUUCAACUGUACAGAUAUCGAAACCAUUUACGUAUUAAUUCGACCAAAAGAUGGCGCGGAUACACAAAAGCGGCUGCAAACAAUUUUCAACGUACCUCUGUUUUCAAAAUUAAAACAAGUGAAGCCAGACGCGUUGAAAAAAGUGAUUCCAAUCGAAGGAGAUAUAACAUUGACACAACUCGGUAUAAGAGCAAGUGAUAGACAGAAAUUAAAGGAAAAGGUGUCUGUAGUCUUCCAUUCUGCUGCAACAGUGAGAUUUGUGGACCCCUUCCAAGCGAUGAUGAACAUAAAUCUAGAAGGAACGCGUCGCAUGAUGGACCUUAGUCGAGAAAUGAAAGACUUAGAAAGAUUCGUCUAUAUAUCGACUGCCUUUUCAAACGCACACCGGAAGAUAAUCGACGAAACUAUAUACCCACCGCCGAAAAAGCUCGAGGAUGUAUGUCAGAUGGUAAAGGACUAUGGGCAUGACGAUAAGAAAGUCAAUAAAUAUGUUUCUGACGUUGUAAACACGUACACAUUUUCGAAAGGAUUAUGUGAAGAACUAAUAAGACAACACCGCAACGACCUACCAUCAGUAAUUGUGCGACCUUCGAUCGUGUGUCCUAUGCACCACGAGCCUUUACCAGGCUGGGUGGAUAGCUGGGUAGCAGCGACUGCAACCUUCAGCAAUGUAGCCAGAGGCCUAACACCGUACGCUUAUGGAACAGAUGACGUCGUAUGCGAUCUCAUCCCUGUUGAUUACGUUGCCAAUUUAACCAUCUUGGUCGGUGCUAAGGGAGAUGUCGGAGGAGAAGAUAUUGCGGUAUAUAAUAUCUGCAGUGGGAGUGAAAACCCAAUUACAUGGAAGGAAGGUUCCGACUUAUUUCUCGAAAAAAGCAAGGAAGAUGGAUUUAGUAAAAAGAACGCUCGCCAACUAGAGUUUUCAAAAUCAACCUUUGUAGUAAAAUUUGGGUCUUUCCUGCGCCAGACGGUUCCAUGUUUCUUUGCGGAUAUCGGUCUUGUUUUGACUGGGAAAACACCGAGGCAUUUGGUUGACGACACGCGGGCAUCACUCCUCCGAGAGAUCCUCAAGCCCUUCACGUCAACGUCUUGGUUCAUGAAAUCCAGGAACACCCAGACCCUCAUUUCCACCUUGGAUGACCACGACAAACAUCAGUUCCCGUGCGACGUGAAUAAAAUUAACUGGAAUAGCUAUUUUACGAUAUUUUUCAAUGGUGUUAAGGAAUAUUUGCUAAGAAUAAAAUAG